AUGGCAUCUUCCACGGUGCUGCGCCCCUUGCGGCGACUGCUGGGCCCCGCUCAGAUCGCCAGCAGCUCUUCAGCACGAUCAAAAUUCUACGUGCGAGAGCUGCCGAAUGCCAAACCUAACUGGUUGAAAGUUGGGCUGACCUUGGGCACCUCAGCCGUCCUGUGGUUCAUUCUCAUCAAUCAAUAUAAUGAAGAUGUUUUAGAGUAUAAAAGAAGAAAUGGACUUGAAUAAACAUUGGA